AGAUAAGAUGUAAUGUAAAUGUAAAUUGUACAUGAGGCGCGUGAUGAAUAAAUAGAUGCGUCUCGUGCGUCUUUAUUUCUACUAUACCUAUAUUAAGGCACGCGAUUGCUCUUCGUCUCCUUAUUUUUCUCAUCUUCUCUUCCCCAAAGUCUGUUUCUGAGCACCUGAGCACAUGAAUUAGUCGUUUCUUUCGUGAUCUUAUUCCCUUAAACACCAUUAAAGCAGCAUCCGCAUUCUCUACACCAUGUCGCAAGACUGAAAUCACCAUCAACAUCUAUGCAAAACUCUGCGGUUGGGAACGUAAAGAGUUACAAACAUCCACCAGAAGACACCAUCAUGCCUUCACAUAAACACAGCAGCAGCAGUAAGCGGACUCCUCAUCGAAUGUCACACCACACGUUCUCACACUACCCCGACGAACAACUGCUCCACUUCUACCGCUGGACGUCUCCGCCCGGCGUGAUGAAGAUCCUCAGCAUCAUUAUCAUCAUCAUGUGCGUGGCGGUGUUUGCGUGCGUGGCGUCCACGCUGGCGUGGGACUACGACAUGGAUGGCAUGGGACUCGGGAGCCUCGGUAUGGGCAUGGGAGGCUCCUACGGAACAGGGUACAACUACGGGUCGAACAUGUAUGGAGGCGGCAUCGGAAGCGGGUCGUAUGGCUACGGAGGGGGCUACAAUGGGGGCUACGGCGGCUACUACAUGGACCCUACGACGGGCAAGGGCUUCAUCAUCGCCAUCUCUGCCAUCACCUUCUUCACCGUGCUCGUCAUCUUUAUCCUUGUGGUUUCAAGGCAGAACACAACCAAGUCUUCCAGGUUCUACCUGGCGACUAUCAUCAUCUGUGCGAUCCUGGCCUUGCUCAUGCUCAUCGCCAGCGUGGUGUACCUGGUGGCCGUCAACCCCAUGGCACAGGGCAGUGGAUCCAUGAUGUACAACAUGAUCUGGCAGCUGUGUGCCCAGUACCAGAACCAACCACAGACAUCAGGCCUCUUUAUCAACCAGUACAUGUACCGCUAUUGUGUGGUGGAACCUCAGGAGGCCAUUGCUAUCGUUUUGGGAUUCCUGGUGGGCAUAGGGCUCAUCAUUCUGAUGGUGUUUGCCAUCAGAACCCGUUCCCAGAUGAACCGCUAUGGGAGACACCGCGUGCUCUGGGAAGAACCCCGUUCUUUGAACGACGGCUUUUCUCAUGGCGUCGAAAAAUGGGUGACUGACGUGUCCGGGGAGCCAGAGGCCUACGUGAACGGCCACAACGAUCAUAUCAGUUCGCGGAAUUAUCUUGACCAGACCAUGGACACGGGGAAACCGCUCUAUCUGCCCGGUGACUCCGAUACGACCAGCACGACGAUCGUGUUGAAAAGCCGAACGAGAGACUAUGACACAGGAGCAGAAUCGGCGGAUGAGCUGGACGAUACUGACUACGACAGUGAGUUCCCUCCGAUCGUGAAAGAAAGCGAGAGAGUGGAAUACAAGCGCGAGUUUGACCGCGACCUCAUGGAGUACAAGCGUCUGCAGGCCGAGCUCGACGACAUCAACACGGGCCUGGCUGAAGUGGACAGAGAGCUCGACGGCCUUCAAGAGGGAAGCCCACAAUUCCUGGAUGCCAUGGAGGAAUACUCACGACUGAAGAACUUGAAAAGGUCGUCAGAAUACCAAAUGAAGAAGAAGAGAAGCAAACAGCUGAAAGCCAAACUCGCGCUGCUCAAGAGGAGGGUGAACGAUUAUGACCGGAGACCAUGAGCAACUCGGACACCUUGCGAUUUUAUUUCCUUGUGUAGCUUUCCAUGCUUUGCGUGUCGUCCCUGUUUGGGCUUCUCAGCUUAUUUUGACAUUGUUGCUUUUGAGCCAUUACAAACACAAUAAGCUUUUUUUUUUUUUUUUUUUUUUUUUUUUGCUCAUCUGGUUUUAUCAUACAUAUUUUGUACUUCUGUUGUAACAUUUGCUCUUUUUUUUUUUUUUUUUUAAAUUUUAUUUUGGUGGCUCUCUGCUGUAUGAUAACCCGUAAUGGGAUAAAUGUGAAACCAAAGCAGGAUGCAGAUUGUCCUUUGCCUUAAAGUUCAGCAUCCUGCUGUUUUAUCAGGACAUGUGUACUGUGCCUCUUCUGUAUACUUUGUUUUUAAAUAAAUAUGAAUUAAUUUUUGGGAUCACACUCAGGUCGAGAGCUGCAGCACUGAACCCCACUGUCCAGCGUGACCAUUCAAGGACCAGAAGAAUAAAUGUGCAGAAAAUUCCAGCCUUUCCUGUAACUAGGACAUUAAACCCAGGAAGCACUUUAAAAUUAUGACCAAUUUAAUCAUCUACAAAUACGAAGUAUCUCAUAUCUGUAUAUAUGGAAAGGAAUAAAAUCUUCUGACAUUUAAAACCCUGAAGAUGUUUUUUUUAAAUUGUAUUUUAUUUGAGUUCUUGAUUGUAAAUGAUGUCUCUUUUCUUUUUGAUUAUAUUAUUGAUAUGCUGUAAUAUUGAAUUAUUAUAUAAUAUUAUAUUAUUCUGUUUUCUCAUUUAAUACAUACUUUUCCUACAGCAUUUGUGGGCAAGUGUAAUUUUACUUCAUUUAUUUUUUAAUGCAGGUUUGUGACAAGUUUGGUAUUAUGCAUUUUUUUUUUGUUCUGUAUUCUGCCUCAGUCUUUAGACAAUUCUUUUGCAUGUGCAUUCUGUAUUGAACGAAUUAUUACUAAUGUAUUAUUUUCUUUUUUUUCACACGUUAUGAAGGUUGGAGCUUGUAUUUUGUCAUUUUUGUUCUAUAAUGAAGUGUAUUAAAAAAAGGAAAAAAAAAAAAGUUUAAUGAGCUGAAUAAAGAAUAUGAUGGACACAAACCCGGAACCGAA